UCUAUGAUUUUUAUACGCGUGCAAGCAUUAUUAACGAGAAUUGUAAAUAUGAAACGAAUUUGGUCUUUUCUGUGAAAGGUAAAAGACAAGAAGUCAUGGUAAAUGUCACGAAAGGAAUUUUAGUUGAAUGUGAUGCUGCUAUGAAGCAAUUUCUUUUACAUUUAGAUGAGACAUUUGCUUUGGGACGAAAAUUUAUUAUUCAAGAUUUAGAUGAAAGACAUUUAUUUAUUUCUGCUGAUAUCUUAGACACCUUACAAACAAAAGUAGAUGAUCUUAUGGAUCAAAUAUCAUUUCCUUUAGCAGAGAAAGGAAUAUAAAUAUUAAAAUAUGUUUUUCUUUACAAUACAUCAUAAAAUAGUUUAAGAAAUUAUAUAUUCAUUGUAAAAUAAUCAAAAAUGGCUGCACGUGAAUCUGGUAGAAUAAAAGAUGCUUAUCAAAAAAGAGUGCUUGAUGAAGCUGCUCGUAAACGCAGACAAAAGAAAGCAUUGGAAGCUUUGGAACAAGAUAAUUUUCACGAUGAUCCGCAUGCUGAUUUAGUAAUGAGUAAAAAAGUUCCAAAAUUUCAAGAAACUUUAGAUAAUAGAGGUGGUAGAAGAAAAAAAACCAGAUCAGCAGAGUAUUAUAAGCAACGAUUUCGUAAAACAUUUGCUCAAUUAGUAGAAGAAGA